UGAACCUCGAGUGAGGGGCGCAGGGGAGAGAGAGGGAGAGAGAGAGAGAGAGAGAGAAAGAAGCCUUGCUAGUUGCUAGCUAGGUAUGCUGCGGACAAUGGAAGGGUUCUUCCGGUCCCAGAAUGCUAGUCAUGUGUUGAUCGUCGCAAGCUGUUUAUUACUUCUAAUUCUGGGUCAGUUUUCGAGCUGUGUUAGUGCCGAUGUCCACUACUACGAUUUUGUGGCACGGGGUGAAGCAACCUCGAAACUCCUGGUCAGAUGGACCAGUAUUCAUUACACAAUGUCCAAUUCAGCCUGGCUCGAACUUCACUUAUGAAAUCAUUUUCUCGGACGAGGAAGGAACUCUUUGGUGGCAUGCCCAUAGCGACUAGACAUGAUCGACUGUCCAUGGUGCAAUUGCCAUCUUGCCCAAAGAAGGAACAACAUAUCCAUUUCCAAAACCUUAUGGAGAAGAGGUAAUCGUGCUAGGUUCAUGGUAUAAGGGGGGAUUUGAACGCGGAAAUAAUGCGGGCAUGGAGAGUGGGAGCGACGUUCCCCAUUCAAAUGGUUACUUAAUCAAUGGGGAACUUGGAGAUUUCGCUAAUUGCUCCAGUGGGACAACGUAUUGUUGGUCAGUUGAAUACGGGAAGACGUAUCUUCUGCGGAUAGUUGGUGCAGUGGUUGACGAUGAGGUCUUUUUCGCAAUUGCCGAACACAACCUCACAAUCGUCGGGGUGGAUGCAGCAGACAUAAAGCCUAUACCGACGAGCUAUAUCAUGAUAAGUCCAGGACGAACAAUGGACGUGCUUCUCACAACAAACAGGCCUCCCGGGCGCUACUACAUGGCUAGUCGACAAUUUUUGACUGAAGAUGCACUAACAGACAACUAUAACGGUUCUGCGAUCAUUGAAUACAUAGGAGACUACAACUUCUCAUCCUCCCCUAUUUUUCCGCACGACCUCCCUCAGAGUCUAGAUUUGAAAGCUGCGAUGAGAUUCACGAGCUUGAUCAGAAGCUUGGCAAAUGAGAAUUAUCCCAUAAGCGUCCCAGUGAAUGUAACCAAAAGGAUGUUGAUAGCGGUAGCAAUGAAUGAACUCUGCAGAAAUCGUACGCAUUGCAAUGUCACCGCGGGAAGUGCUGAUAUAAUGGCCUCGAGCUUGAAUAACAUCAGCUGGGCCAACCCGACAGUCGACGUACUCCAGGCUCAUUACAGGAAUAUAAGCGGUUAUUAUAGGACGGACUUCCCAGAUUGGCCACUAGUCAUGUACAAUUUUACAGAGGAUACCAAUGAGCGGGAUACUUAUAUGACAGAUCAAGGGACAAAGGUUAAGGUCUUGAACUACAAUGAAUCGGUGGAGGUAGUUUUUCAAGGCACCGGUGUCUUAGAUGGCGCCAGUGUUCACCCGAUGUAUAUGCAUGGCUACAGCUUCUAUGUGAUAGGAAUGGGUAAAGGGAAUUUCAACAAAGAGACCAACCCUCUAACAUAUAAUCUGGUAGAUCCCCCAAAAGUCAAUACUUUUAUAGUUCCAAAGCACGGAUGGCUAGCCAUCAGAUUUGUUGCAAAUAAUCCAGGUGUUUGGCUUUGGCAUUGUCACUUCGAGCGGCAUCUAACAUGGGGUAUGGACACGGUUUUCAUAGUGAAGAAUGGAGACACUGAAGAAACGAGCCUUCGUCCGCCCCCUUCCUACAUGCCUCUCCUUGUACGGGCUACCAAAACAAUAUCUUGAUGAAGAAAUGGAACUAUGCAGGCGAUGAUGAGGAUUUGCUUCAUUAAUAUCUGUUUUAGGUGCGCACAUGUAGUGCAGGUGAAUUAAACAUGUUCUUGCCUUUGCUAUUGCCUAGGCUUAAACAUGUAUUAAACUUGUUCUUUCUAUCCCUCCAACGCAUGAAAUAGAUAGAGAAAUCCAAUCGAGAAACAAUGCGAUGCUUUUUCUUAAUCAUUGAAUGACA